AUGCUCCUUAUGGUCAUGGCGUGGGUCGACAACAAGGGAUUCGACGUCUUCGUGGUUGCCAUCACGGGUAUGACCUCCUCGAUUUGGUUCUCCUGCAUCGUGCCGGUUGUCAUCCACGUGAUGGGCGAGGAUGUGGACAUCGGUAUAUACGUGGGGGCAUUGAACUCGGCCAACUGCUUCGGCCAGCUCCUCAACUACGCUAUUGGUGCUGCUAUCGUUAACACCUCGCUUGGAUACAAGCUGCCGGUGUUUCUGGGUGGUGUCAUGUCCACUCUAGGUUUCUUGGUCUCGGCCAUCCUCCUCAAGAUCAAGAUGUACAGCUUGUAA